AUGGACGAUGGACCGAGAUACACUUUGACCGACUUGUGCGAGGACGUACUGCUCAUGAUAAGCGACCUUCUCAACCUGCAGUGCUCAGACGGAGAAAAACCAAUCAGAUAUCUAUCAAUGGUCAACCGCCGACUACGGAGCAUUCUCAGCCCGUGUCUCUUCAAGUCGCUGUGCAUCAAUCGGCCACUGAGUCAGCUCAGCUGUACACCACUCAUCUAUCGACAUGCAAAAACCUUGAAGAUCGACAUGUUUGGUUCUAUGUGGUGGUGGUGUGCAGGAGCCUAUGUAUCGAGCAAGGACGCCCUUGAUCUCUUUGCAGCUGUUAAAAGGAUGCCGCAGCUGAAGAGAUUGGAAGUGACAAUGAUGAAGAGGAAUCUAGACAUGUUCUUGACAGCUUUUGAAGAGAUGGACGAUGCGCAGACAUUGUUACUGCCAGGCGUGGAAACAUUGGUCGUUACUUCUGCUGCUGCUUUUCUAGCUUCUCACUGCCCGGACCUCAAGAACCUCAUCGUUGAAGAUGCGCCAUCAUGCAUGAUCGAACCUUACGUCGACGUGCCUACACGGCUGACACCACUACAUCCACAAUUGGUCGGGGGACAGUGGACAUAUCCGCAGCUCACACACUUCGACACCACAGCGAGCUGGUCUGCUGCGGAGAUUGCCGCACUUGUACCGUCGUUUCCACGCCUCCAGCAUCUACAUAUGCGCAGCGACGCUUUCUGCUACCGGGCAUCCAUCGAAACCAUCAUGGAGCUUCUAGGCUGCAGUCUCGGGGACCUGCAAACACUCAAACUGAACAAGGUUGGCCAUCUCGACAUGGGGUUCAGAGCAGUCUGGAAGCGAAGCAUUGCCACAUGUACUACGCAAGAGCAGCGCAGAAUACUGUGGUUACACAAUGAGGCGCGCAGAGUCGAGGCCGAAAACAACGUUGCUCGUUUGGCAUUUCUAAAAAUCCAGCGACUCAAGGAGAUCUGGCUUGGUGACAAACGCGUUGCGCGACGGUCUGCAGGUUGUAACGGGAAGGUAGACUUGAGCUGGAUCUGGGAGCGGAGAAGAGAGGCUUUCGACGACUGUACUCGAGGUUCGGAGUGGGCGAAGUAUCGGGAGGAGAAAGAAGCCGUAGUGAUCCACAACGAGGUCUGCACAUAA